AUGUCUGUAAUUCGUCCUCCUCCAAUUCCAAUCCCGAGAUGCAGAUCCCAGACAGUGUAUCGCCGUCUUCAUUCGAUCCACUUGAUUCAGCACCACCACCAACGACGUCGACGGUGGGAUCCGAGGUCGGAAGCGAGCGAUACUUCCGUUGAAUCGGCGGCACGGUCUCCGGAGGCGGCGGGAGGGAAAAUGGUGGUGGAGCUUGUUGGAGCCUUCAACGAAGUGACGGAGAGGAUGAAUUCGGUUUGGUUGUCGACGUCUUCGUCUAGGCUACUCUUUAAGGCUCUCAAGCUCUCAAUUCCGAUCUUACAGUCUCUCCCUCUUGCCUCUGACGGUCGCUCUCCCCUCUCUAAGGCUCUCUCGCUCUCCAUCAUCCUCGCCGAUCUCCAGAUGGAUGCAGAAGUGAUCUCGGCGAGCAUAUUGAGUGAAGUGGUGGAGGCAAACGCGAUAUCCAUAUACGAAGUGAGAGACCAUAUUGGUACUGGAACUGCUCAUCUUCUCCACGAGAUCUUCCGCGUGAAGAACAUCCCUUUCAAAGUCGAUGUCUUGGACGACGAAACCGCUGCUUCCCUGAGAAAGUUCUACCUCACGUACUACGACAUACGAGCUGUGAUCAUGGAUCUUGUUUCGAAGCUCGAUGAGAUGAGGCAUUUGGAUCACUUGCCAAGGUAUCGCCAGCAGACUCUCUCCCUGGAAGUGUUGAAGAUCUAUUCUCCUCUAGCUCAUGCCGUGGGGGCUAAUCACCUGUCACUUGAGCUCGAGGACAUCUCUUUCCGCUAUCUUUUCCCGUGUUCGUAUAUAUACUUAGAUUCAUGGUUGAGAAGUCACGAGAACGGGUCUAAACCGUUGAUAGACGUGUAUAAAGAGCAGCUUCAUGAGUCUUUGAAGGCUGAUUUGGUUUUAUCCGGAAUGGUUGGUGAUGUACAUGUGAAAGGGCGGUAUAAAAGCCGGUACAGCAUGAUGAAGAAACUCCUUAGAGACGGGCGUAAACCGGAAGAAGUGAACGACGUGCUUGGUCUUCGGGUCGUACUGAUGCCAAAUCAUGUGGGAAACGAUGUUGAAGUUGGCGAAAAGGCGUGUUACAGAGCAGGAGAGAUUAUUCGAUCCCUGUGGAAGGAGAUUCCGCAUAGAACGAAAGACUACAUUGCUCGGCCAAAAGAGAAUGGGUAUAGGAGCUUACACAUGGCGGUUGAUGUUAGCGACAGUGAUCAGAUAAGACCUCUGAUGGAAAUACAAAUACGGACGAUGGAUAUGGAUGGAUCUGCUAACGCUGGAACAGCAUCGCAUUCUCUUUACAAAGGAGGCCUUACCGAUCCAAAUGAGGCAAAGCGGCUUAAGGCGAUAAUGAUGGCAGCGGCGGAUCUAGCAGCGAUUCGUCUCAAAGAUCUCUCAUCCAACAAACAACAAAGUCUCAAGACGACAAUGAACCAGAGAGACAGAGUGUUUUGCCUUUUGGACAAAAACGGCGACGGAAUGAUCAGUAUAGAGGAACUAAUGGAAGUGAUGGAAGAGCUUGGAGCUCCAGGUGAAGAUGCAGAGGAGAUGAUGCAACUUCUUGACUCUAACAGCGAUGGAUCUCUUAGCUCAGACGAAUUCGAUACAUUUCAGAAACAAGUUGAGUUCAUGCGUAAAUGGGAAGAUAGAGAUAACGAGUACAAAAGUCUUUUAGAUGAGAAACUCCAUGAUCUCCCGCAUCAAGAUACGACCGGUUUAAUUCAGUUGUACAACAAAGAGCUUGAGGACCGGCUCUCUGACCAUUAA